CGUACAUGUUUACAGGCCAUCUAGCAUCUCCCGCCGCCGCCGCCGCGGUCUCGUCCCAUGCGUCCGACGCCGGCGCUCGCCGCUGGCGGACGGACGGUCGCGAACCUCCUCUCCGCCACGGAGUGGAUGCUGCCGUCCCCGGCCAGCCAAGUCCACACCAUCUCCGUCUUUCCCUCCCAAUCCCAGUCACCCACCCCUCGUCACGAGUUCGCCUUCUCCAACCUCACCACGUCGCUCGGGAAAGGCGGCGGCAAGGGGGUACAGGUUGGGAGUUCUAGGUUCCACGUGGUGCGCGACGACCUCCUCCACCCGCUCGCCAACGGCAACAAGGCGCGCAAGCUCGAUGCGCUCCUGCCCCUCCUCCGCCGCCACGGCGCCACUGACAUCGUUACGUGCGGGGGUUGCCAGAGCGCCCAUGUCGCCGCAGUCGCUGUUCAUUGUGCCGAAUGGGGUAUCAGGCCACAUAUACUGCUGAGAGGCGAGCAACUGGAUGUUCCCACAGGGUAUAAUCUGAUCUCUUUGAUGUUCGGCAAUGUGACAUAUGCCUCGCGGUCAGUGUAUGCCCAAAGAGAUGAGAUGCUUUAUGAGCACGCCACAAAGGUUGCUGGUAGUAAUGGUACAGUCAUGUGGGCUGAUGAUAUUGUUGGAGAGGAUUUGGUUGUAGAUGAGGACACCACUGAUGGAAAUUGUUCAAGAAGAGUAAUGAUUGUUAAGGAAGGGGCUGGUACGGUUCAAGCGCUGCUAGGUGUCAUGCGGCUAGUGGACUAUCUUUCUGGUUUGACGUUAUUUGGACAGGACGAGAAAGUUCAUAUCGUGGUAGAUUCUGGAACGGGCACAACAGCUAUGGGGUUAGCUCUUGGAGCGGUAUGUCUAGGACUCCAGUGGAGGGUUACUGCUGUCAUGCUUGCUGACACACUUGAAAGGUACAGACAACAAGAGAAGUCCCUUGUAUCUGAUUUUGAAAAGCUUUACCCUGGAUUUUUCCACGGAAUGGUGGAAAUUGAUACUCAUGGCAGUCUAGUUCAAUGGGUGGAGCGCUUUUCACCUAGAAGAUUUGGCAAGGUGCUGGAUGGUGAGAUCGCGAUGUGCCGCCAGGUCGCUCAGCAGACCGGCAUCCUGCUGGAUCCGAUGUACACCCUGGCCGCCUGGGAGCAAGCCGUGGAUCUGUGCCGUCGAGACAGUGAGGUCAAAGUGGUGAUGAUCCAUACGGGCGGCACCCUUGGUCUCUUCGGGCUGGCGCAGAGGUACUCGCCACAGUUCACCACAGGCGAGCAAUCCUAAGAUAAUGUUGAUAUGCAAGUGUGCAGGUGCGUCGUACAAAAGUAUGAAAGUUCGGGUGGCAUGGGCUCUGCUGUACUAGUGAUGUUUGACUCAAAAGUACUAAGGGGUCGUUUGGUUCCUGACUUAA